AUGACACAAUUUGCACCCGUUCCAAUUACUCUCUUGUCUGGUUUUCUAGGAUCUGGAAAGACCACGUUGGUGGAACAUAUCUUGACCAGUAACCAUGGUCUCAAAGUGGCGGUGAUUAUUAACGAUGUAUCCAAACUCAACAUUGACGCGGAAUUGAUCAAGCACCAUAAAGUCACCAAUAAGAAAGAAGAACUUGUCCAGCUUCAAAACGGAUGUAUUUGUUGCACUUUGAGAGGAGAUUUGCUUCAGGAAUUGGUAACUCUUGGGAAAAGUGGUGAGUUUCAGUACAUUUUGAUCGAGUCAACUGGUAUAUCGGAGCCUAUGCAAGUAGCAGAAACCUUCACAACCGAGUUUAGCGAAGCUCUUCUUGCUGAAGACUUGUCUUUGACAGCUGAAGAGUCGAAAGUGAUCAAGGAUGUCAUUGAUAUUGGAGGUCUUAAGAGCAUCACCAAGCUCGAUACUUGUGUCACUGUCGUUGAUGCUGUGAAUUUUUUGUCCACUUUUGAAACCACCGACUUUUUGGCUGACAGAUGGGGAAACAGUGGUCAGCAAGAAGACGAAAGAACCAUUUCAGACUUGAUGACAGACCAAGUUGAGUUUGCAGAUGUGAUAAUCUUGAACAAGACUUCGCUCGUCAAGUCGAAAAAGAAGAGAAAAAUUCUUCGAGUGAUCAAGUCUUUGAACCCAAUUGCAAGAGUUAUUGAAACAGACUAUUGCAAAGUGGACAUUAAAGCCAUUGUAAAUACAAAAAGAUUUGAUUUUGAGGUUGCUUCGACGUCUGCCGGUUGGCUCCAAAGUAUCAACGAGAUGCAGAUGAGAGACAAUAAUGGAAACAAAACUUUGGCACCCAAACCCGAAACCGAAGAGUAUGGUAUCUCCAACUUUGUAUAUACUUCUAGGAGGCCCUUUCAUCCCGAGAGAUUGUACAAGCUUAUUAGGGACAAGUUUUAUGUUAUCGAGCACACUGGUGAGAAUGGAGAAAAUGGAGGAAAGGGAGAAAAUGAUGAGGAUGAAGAGGAAGAGGAAGAAGAAAAUGGAGAAAACGAUGAGGAUGAUGAAGAAGAGGAGGAGGAUGAAGAAUCUGAAGAAUCUGAAGGACCCUCCGAAAAAGAAAUCGUUCGCAACAAGAAGAAGUCACCAUUUGGCCCUAUUCUUCGAUCCAAAGGUUUCAUUUGGCUUGCUACCCGCCAUAUCAUGAGAGGAGAAUGGUCUUCUUCUGGAGUUAUGUUAACUAUUAGAGGCGGAAUUCCUUGGUUUGACGUUGUGAAACCGGACCUUCCUGCUGAGGCAGAAGAACUUAUCAAGAAAGAUAUGGAAGGAGAAUUUGGUGAUAGAAGAAACGAAAUUGUUUUUAUUGGAGUUGACAUCAAUAAGAAAGCACUCACAAACGCUCUCGACAAAUGCUUGCUUGAUGACAAUGAGUACAACUCUUAUAAAGAAGUGGUGAAAGAACAAAAGAAUCUUUUCAAAGUCGACAGAAGUUUACAAGGAGUUUUUGACGAUGGGUUUGAAGACUGGAUAAUCUACGAGGAGGAAGAGGAGUGUACCCACAAGCUCUCGUGA